UAGUUUGAAUCACGAUGUAAGAUGAGUGUUAAAUGCUUGAUGCUCUGUAGUGUCUUUUACUCAUUACGGUUACGGGUUAAUUUCGUUCUUCUGUGUGUAUAGUUACAGUUUGAAUUAUUUAAUUAUUAAUUUGUUUAUUUAUUGCCAAUUAUUCUAUGAUAUGUUGGCGAAUUUAUAAAUAGCAAUUCCUUGACUCGGAUCUACAUAGCCUUCUAUUCAACAUUUUUCAUCAUAAUCACAUUGCAUUUUAGAUAUUACUAAAGCCGCCGACCUGUAUAAAACAAUUAUAACUUUACUGUCUAUGUAAUAUUCAUUUCAAAUUAUCCUUUAUGUUACACUUGUGUUAUGGGUUUCUUCAAUUCAUUAAGAAAUAUAAAAAGAUGGUUUACUGACAAGGCUGGACUUUCUGGACCUAGAGGACCAACUAAACGUAAACAUGAAGAAUGUGAAGUUUUAAAUAAUAAAAGAGUGCGCAUGGAUGACAGCCUUGUAGAAAUUGUUGAAAUCAGCGAUGAGUCCCUAUCUGAAACUGAAGAGGUGGAAAUUACUGAACCCGGUCCAUCCACUGUACCACUCAGAGCCAGUCCACCUGUUAUGCUUAUUGAGGGCAGACAGCAUCCAAGAAGAACUAUGUCACCAGUUAGGACAAUGGAUUUAACUGAAAAUAAUGAUGAAGAUAACAAAAUUAAAAUUAUUCGAUCAUAUAGCUUAUCAAGUCCACAACUUAAGACUAACCGAAGUACAGAAAUGGUUAGAAGUGCUAGUACCAAGGCUAUACUAGAAGAUAGAUCUUCAAUUGCAGCUUCAAUCAAAGGAACAAAAAAAUUGAGUUUCAAUAUGGAAGGCGGAUUUUCUGCAUUAAAAAUUAAUGAUACAUCAACUAAUUCUAACGUAGAUAAAUCAUUUGCAAUGGUUUUAAAACAUUAUGUUACGCCAAAACCAGAAACCACCAACACUAUGUCAGUUUCUAGUUCUAAAUCGCCAAUAAGUAUUCAUAAAGAAAAUAUUUUAAAUCAAUCCAAAUUAUCUCAAACAUCUGGUAAAGAAAAUUUAGACAUUCCAGAAUUAAGUCUUCACAAGAAUAGAAUUAUCAAGCAUGAAUUGUUUUAUGAACGUAUAUUAAGAAAAUUUAAAGAGAAACAAGCAGCUGCAAUUCUAAAUUCUGCUACAAUAAUUCAGCAAAAAUCACCCGAGGAUAUUUUCCAAGAAAAACUAGAGAUUUUGAAAAAAGAAUUAAAUAAAAUAGAACCUCAAAAGAAAAAUGAAAUUUUUCCUGGUUAUUCUAAAGAAAUAUCUGAAUCUAUUGCACUUCAAAUGUCUGGACCAUUAAAUGAAUAUAUUGUUAAAGGGAAAAAUAUUAAAAAAAUGGAUUUAAAAACUAUAUAUUUACCUACUGCUUGGUUAAAUGAUGAAGUUAUAAAUCAUUAUUUAGGUAUGAUAGUUGAUCGUGAUCCAAUUAACAUACACACGUUUGAUACAUUUUUUUAUUCUAAAUUAUCAUCACAAGGAUAUCAAUCUGUUCGGCGGUGGUCAAGGAAAAAAGAUAUAUUUGCAUGUAAAAAAAUGUUCAGUCCUAUUCACUUGGGGAACCAUUGGUGUCUCGUAUGUGUAAACUUUAUUGAAAAAACUGUAAAAUAUUAUGAUAGUUUAAAAGGUAAAAAUCCUCAAUGUUUAAAUAUCAUUUUUGACUAUCUAAAACAAGAGUAUGAGAACAAAAAGAAUGAGAAAUUCGACUGCAGCGGAUGGAAAAUAAUGGAUGCUGAAGAUUGUCCAACACAAAAAAAUGGUUAUGAUUGUGGAGUGUUUACUUGUGUCAAUGCAGAGUACCUAUCUCGUGAUGCAGAAUUGAAUUUUGUACAGGAAGAUAUGCCUAAAUUAAGGAAUAGGAUAUGUUAUGAGAUCUUAAACAAUCGUUUAUGUUAUUAAACUAAGUCAUCUGUUUCCUAUAAUAUUGAAUUAAUUUUAUUCUUAUUUUUCAAGUUGUAUAGAACACCUAUUAAAUAUAUUAAUGAAUAUAAGAUUGACAAGAGGAACAACAUUCCUUAAUCACCUUAUUGGUUGCUUUUUAAAGUAUAUGAAAUCUACUGUUAAAUAUUAUAUAGAAUAUCCUUCUCAUUUCACGUUUUCAAUAAAAAUGUUGGCCUACAUAUGAUAAAAUAAUAUUUUUUAAGUAUAUAAAAAAUUAUUACCAUUAAAUUGAACCCACUUCCUAUUAUGUAGGACAAUUUAUGUUAAAAUGUAACUUAAUAAAAUUAUAAUUACCACAAGUAUAUCUUUAAAAUCAAAUUAUUAUUUUAGGCAUAAAAUUAAUUUAAAGGCUGAGUAAUUAAAUAAAUAGUCUUAAUCUUGUGUUUAAGUAUUAUAAUUUGAUACAUUAUUAAAUUUAAGACCUUAUUUUAAUUUCAGUAUAUUAUCUUAAUAUUUUAGCAAUGUAGAAUUUUUAUUAUUUUUGAAUGUAAAGACAAAUUAUACCCAUUUAUUGAAUAAAAUGUAUCUAUUUUAAUACAUUAGUGUUGUUCAAAUAUAUUUUUGAAUUUUCAUUAAAUUGUAAAGUUUUUUACCAUCCGUUUAAAAUUUUAAUUAUCUAUUGAAAUAGUGUUUUUUAUGGCAGUUCUAAAAUAUAAUUAUAAAAUAAGAUAAAAUUUAAAGAAUUUAUUAAAAAGUAAAUAAUGUAAAUAUAAUUAUACUUUAUAUCAAAUAAUUCAAUAAUUGCAUUUGGUAUAAUAUGUAUAGUUUUUCUUUUUUAAAUAUAUUGUUGACUAAAUUGGUAUUAUGUUAUUCUUAGAACAAUUGAAUUAUUAAAAGAUAUUGUUAUAUUA